AUGAAAAUAUUGGUGUUUUAUCUUUGGCUUCAGUUUUGUUGGAAUUGUUUUGCGAAAUUAAACACAGAAUGGUGGACACAUACAAUAAUUUACGAAAUGAUUCCAUGCACUUUUAAAGACAGCGACGGAGAUGGGACUGGUGACUUUAAAGGAAUCACAUCAAAACUUGAUCACUUUGUCGACCUGGGCAUAGAAACAAUCCAUAUGACACCGAUGUUUGAAACAACAGCAAGGGACAUGGGAUAUGACAUCACAGAUUACUAUAAAGUUGACCAUGGGCUUGGGACAAUGAGCGAUUUGGAAGAACUCAUCAGCGAAAUGAAUAAAAGAAAUAUGAAGUUGCUGCUAGAUUUGGUAAUCAAUCAUAGUGGCCAUAAACACGAAUGGUUCCAAAAAUCCAUCGAUCGAAUCGAUCCUUACACUGAUUUUUACGUGUGGAAGGAUUCCAAAGGCUUUAAUAACAAAACUAACAAAAAAAUACCACCAAAUAGAUGGGUAAGUAAAUCAGUAUCUUUUGGUUCGUCUGGUUCAGGUUGGGAAUGGAAUGAAAAAAGAAAACAAUUUUAUUUCCAUCAGUUCUUGGCGGAACAGCCUGAUUUCGAUCUCAGGAAUGAAAUUGUGAAGAAAGAAUUAUGGAAAAUAAUUGAGUUUUGGCUCAACAAAGGUGUGGCUGGGUUCAGACUUGAUGCUACUCCAUUUUUCUUUGAAGAUAAAGAGUUUAGGGAUGAUGAUCAUUCUCGCCAGUUUAAUCAACCUGAAGUAUACGAAUUUAUACACGAAUUCCGAACGUAUUUGGACAAAUAUAAUCAAGAGCAUGGUGGUUUUGAAAGGAUUUUCAUUGCCGAAGCACAUUCUAAGGCGGAGACUGUGAUCAAAUACUAUGACAGAGAGGAUUAUCCAAUAACACAUUUCCCCUAUACGUUUCUACUCUCAUAUCUCGGGGGGCCUUUGAAAGCAAAUAGACUGAUUUAUUGUCUUUCCUAUUGGAUGACGAUACUACCGAAAGGAAAGGUAUCAGCUUGGAUGACUCAAGAUCACGAUGGUUCGAGAGUAGGAUCGCGAAUUGUACCAGAAUAUGGUGAUAUUUUCACGAUGAUAUCAAUGAUGCUACCUGGAACGGUAGGAGUAUAUUAUGGACAAGAGAUUGCUAUGAUUGAUGGUUUGGUCACCAAGGAGCAAAUCAAGGAUUUCUCAGGUGGAGGUUCUAGAGAUCCUGCCAGACUCACAAUGCAGUGGGAUGAUUCCAUCAAUGCUGGAUUUUCAACCAACACUACAACGACGUAUCUACCAGCAAAUUCUGAUUAUUUUGAAAGAAAUGUUGAAAUGCAAAAAAUACAGCCGGUCAGUCAUUAUAACUUGUUUAAGGAUUUAUCAACGUUGAGACGAACGAACACUUUUAGAUAUGGAAAAUUUAAAAAUAAUGUUCAUUUUGAAAAUAUCUAUAUUUUAACCAGAUCAUAUGAAGGUCACGUGCUCACAUUGAUAGCCAAUCUUUAUCGUACCUCAUCUUUUGGUGUAAAUUUAACCGAAAUAUUGAGAAACCAUCCCGAUGAGAUUAUCAUAGCUGCAGCUUCUGUAAACUCGGGAUAUAUAAAAGGAUCCAAUAUAGAACAUGAUUCGUGGGAAGAAUUCUACAUGAGACCAUUAGCAAGUGUGGUUUUGGAAUCCUAUCAACCUCAUACCGAAAAUGAAGAAAGCACUAGCAGCCCUGACUUCUAG